GAGGAUAACUAAAAUUUGUUCAACUGUUUUGUGAUUGAAAUUCAUCUUAAUAGGACAAGGAAAAGGUGAUUGAUUGAGAUAAUGAAAGCUAGCAGCAUGCCACUCUUCCUACCAGAGGGGCAUGCUAUGAACCACUCAACCAUACCUCGCUAGUGCUGAGUCAAUGGACAUAAUAAUACUUGUUUCGCCUUCUCUUUACAUAAACGACGAAUGUUAUGAUUACUCACCAAACCAUACUUCACCUUACACUCCUCAUAAUCUCUCUACACUAUAUUUAUAUAUCGCUUGGUGUAAAGGGAAAAUCUGCAUUAGGGUCUUUCUAACAUGGCUGGAAGUGGAACUGGAGUGUUUGCUGAAACUUUGGAUGGAGAUGUGUAUAAGUACUACUCUGAUGGAGAAUGGAAAAAAUCUUCUGCAGGAAAAAGUGUUUCUAUCAUCAACCCCACUACCAGAAAGACUCAAUAUAAAGUUCAAGCUUGUUCGCAAGAAGAAGUUAAUAAGGUAAUGGAUUCAGCAAAAUCUGCACAAAAGUCAUGGGCAAAGACCCCACUCUGGAAGCGGGCUGAACUUCUUCACAAGGCAGCUGCUAUUCUCAAAGAACACAAAGAUAAAAUUGCAGAGUGCCUGGUGAAAGAAAUAGCAAAGCCAGCCGAAGACGCAGUUACAGAGGUUGUAAGAUCUGGGGAUCUGAUUUCUUACUGUGCUGAAGAAGGGGUAAGAAUUCUGGGAGAGGGAAAGUUCUUAGUGUCAGACAGCUUUCCUGGAAAUGAAAGAACAAAAUAUUGCCUUACAGCCAAGAUUCCAUUAGGAGUGAUUUUAGCCAUCCCACCUUUUAAUUAUCCUGUCAACCUUGCUGUCUCAAAAAUUGCUCCUGCGCUGAUAGCUGGGAACUCCAUUGUGCUCAAGCCUCCAACUCAGGGAGCUGUUUCUGCUCUUCACAUGGUGCAUUGCUUUCACUUAGCUGGUUUUCCCAAAGGCCUAAUAAGUUGUGUUACUGGCAAAGGCUCAGAAAUUGGUGACUUCCUUACUAUGCAUCCAGGAGUGAACUGUAUAAGCUUCACUGGUGGAGAUACUGGUAUUGCAAUUUCAAAGAAAGCAAGCAUGAUUCCAUUGCAAAUGGAAUUGGGAGGAAAGGAUGCCUGCAUUGUACUUGAGGAUGCUGACCUAGAUUUGGUGGCUGCAAACAUUACAAAAGGAGGCUUUUCAUACAGUGGUCAGAGGUGCACUGCUGUUAAGGUUGUUCUAGUGAUGGAAUCUGUUGCCGAUGCAUUGGUUGAGAAAGUGAAGGGUAGGGUGGCAAAGCUAAGUGUUGGGCCACCAGAAGAUAACUCUGAUAUCACCCCAGUUGUUUCAGAAUCAUCAGCCAAUUUCAUUGAACGCCUGGUCAUGGAUGCAAAACAAAAAGGAGCAACAUUCUGCCAGGAGUAUAGAAGAGAAGGGAAUCUCAUUUGGCCUUUGCUCUUGGAUAAUGUUAGGCCUGAUAUGAGAAUUGCAUGGGAGGAACCUUUUGGACCAGUUUUGCCAGUUAUAAGAAUAAAUUCUAUUGAAGAAGGAAUCCACCAUUGUAAUGCUAGCAAUUUUGGACUUCAGGGUUGUGUCUUCACAAAGGAUGUCAACAAAGCAAUAUUGAUCAGUGAUGCAAUGGAGACAGGCACAGUUCAGAUAAAUUCUGCCCCAGCCCGUGGACCUGACCAUUUUCCAUUUCAGGGUAUCAAGGAUAGUGGAAUUGGAUCUCAAGGGAUUACCAACAGCAUAAACAUGAUGACCAAGGUCAAAACAACUGUGAUCAACUUGCCCACACCUUCUUAUACAAUGGGCUAGUGUUGUAAUAUGAAUGGAGAAAAAACUAAAUAAUGAAUCGUAGCUAGCUUUAAAUCGGCAAAAUAGUGAAUAAUGACUGUGAUAUAUUUGUCACAUGGUAACUUCAUGUGUCUACUUAUUGUACUCUAUUUAGCUCAGCAGGAUAUGAAUCUUAAAUUUAUCUUAUACCUUUUCAACAUGUCAAGGAAAAUGGUUAUGUUCUAGUGACGUU